CACACGCCACCCACCCUCUCCACCCCUCCUCUGGCCACUCAUCCCAGCAUGCGGCACCUAAUCAGGGGUAAGACCAACAGCAUCUUCGCGGGACUUGAAGUGGAUCUCUCCUCUGCAGCUGCCUAUAAAUAAAUGCAGCGUUUCCUGCGUAUGCACACACACUGAGUGACUAUCAGCAAGCCACUGCCGGCAACUGGGAGCUACAGAUCACAGGAACAACGACGUAUCAGGUGCUCAGGUCCUCUACAGUUCUCUCUGGUCCCGUACACCGUGCGGAGGAGAUUCAGAAGACAAGGAGGCACUAUUGCAAGACUUGCCAACGCUCUUGAUUUUAUUCUGUCCCGGGUGACCCCUACAACACCUCGUACCAAUCCCUCCAAGACACCAACACAUUUAUCCAAAAACAGACGGUCAAGGGAACAGAAAGUCUGACAUGGAAUUGCAUCAAGGUAGAAGAUCCUUCCAGCACAAGUGUGCACGAUCCGGCGAUACAUUGUAUGCAGGUCUGGUAAUCACACUUUUGAUCGGAGUGUGGUAUGCCCAGGCAUUGGAGGUGUCUACAGGGAAGGUUCCUUUUGUGGAAGUUUUGAAUGGAAGUUCUGUGCUCUUACCCUGCACUUACACAAGUUGCAUAGGGAUAAAAAAUCUGUUCUUUAACUGGCAUUUCAGGAGCAAUGGAACAUUGCAUAAGCUUUGUGAAGCUCUCAUUCCAGCUGAAGGCAUAGAACCAAAGAUGCAUAUCGAUCACAACCGGGUGGAGUUUGUUGGCUCCAGUAAGCGAAGUAACAUCUCCAUACUUCUGCACAAUGUAACCUUUGAGGACCAGGGAGAGUACAUCUGCUUCGCCCGUAAUGAAAAGGAAAAAUAUCGGAACCACAGUGCUGUCUUCACUCUUUAUGUAGUGGAAGAAUUAAAAGUAGUGGACAACACAUUGACAGUCGUCAUUGUGUCUGUGCUGGGAGGCGCCAUAGGUCUGAUCGUCCUCAUCAUGGUUAUUAAAGCUGUGGUUGUGGCUGUUCUCAGCAAGGUCCAGGAGAAGAAUAAAGAUUGCCUUGUGAGCUCAACAGGGAACGACAACACAGAAAAUGGCCUCCCUGCCUCCAAAGCGGACACCAAAGCGACACCAAAGGCAUGAAGAGAACUAUGUAUGUGUACAUAUAUGAGCACACGUUUAUAUGUACACAUGCAUAGGUACAUGUAUACAUGUACAGAUCGAGCGAACGUCAUAACAAUGGACAGUUUAUUCUUAUUAUCUUAUAAAAAAAUGCUACGUAUAAAUAUGUGAAGAAAUAAAUCAUAUAUUUUAGAUUGGGCUUGAGGAAAAACAUGAGAUGCCACGGGCUGGAUCAUACACCAUGACCUCAACAACAACAAAAAAACUGUACAGAAAGCAUUGAUUGAUUGAUGUUGCAUUGGUGUGCCUCCAUUCUGCUCUGACUUACCUGUGACACAAACUCAGAAACUGCCUUGUACAAACUGCCAUAUCUGUUCAAUGCUUCACAGCAAAGAGAACCACGUAACCGAAUGUUUGCGAAAACUUCCAGUGUGACUUUACACACCUUUACACUGCAUUCCAGACGUUCCCGAGUCGAUACGAAUGCUUUUUUGGAGGAAUAACAGACACAUUAAAGCAGAACAUAACCACCGGUGCCUCAUACAGUAGAAUUGGAAAAUGUUUACCACAAACCCAAGCAGCUAAAACACAGAUUUUAACCACUCCCAGUGAUUUUACAAGUGAUUAUUAGGUCAUAAAGAGCAGGAUGUGAGGGCACCACUAAGCCAGAAAUAUACUCUACACAACUAUACACAUACAUAUGCAAUGCGAGAGCUUGGUUCUGUUUUACAUAAAUGUGCAUCGGUGUGAAGAACCUUUGUACUCCUGGGGCGAUAGUGGGGAAGUUUUUGCUCUGCCAUCAUAGCGAUAUGCUAUGUGUUUUGCUUUUGAAGUAUGUCAUAAUGCAGUCACACAGGAAUGUGAGCUGGAAGCUAUUGUGUUCGUAUGUUUGUGUAGAGUAUGUUUAAGUCCUACAGUUGUUUAAAGGUAAAAGACCUUCCACAGAUGCAGAUAUAAGGGGUCUACUGUAUAUAUCCAGGAUCCAGUCCUGCGCUGUAUUGUUUUCUUUUGAUGUUUUCUUUUCUGCUUUAGAUAAAACACAGGUGCCUGUAAACGCUUUAAGCUCCACAUGCUUCCUUGGAGCCUUCAAAUGCUAUAGAAAUAACAUCAUUAAAUGACUCUCGCUUAAGACGCAAAAAAUAAAUAAAACUACAAAAAAAUCUUCAACACAAAAAUAAAUAAAAAGACAAUCCCCAGAAACCAACUCCCUGUAGAAAAAGAAUGCUGCUGCUUUUAACAAUUAUAACCAAUAACUUUUCUUAAACGCAUGUGAACAAUUUGAUACAUCUAGUGUAUGUUUCCAUUGCUCCAGACUGUGUUUUUCUGUCUUUUCUAACGUGAUCCGGACUUGGACUAUCAGUGCUUGUAUGCAAUGCCACUCUUGCUAGUACGUCUUGUAGGCUAUGUGUUUAACAUACAGUGUAGUUCACCGGUAAAGCAUAUUGUGCCGUCCAAAUGUCACAGCUAGGGUACCAACCAUAUUCAUAUCUCAAAGUUGUUUAAUUUCGACUUGGGAUCUGAUUAGCAUGCUAGCAAAUAACUUCUGCGUGCUUAGCUGCACUUAAUAAAGACACUUACUAUUCUUUACAGAUGCAAUGCAAAGGCUACUUGUUCCAUCAUACUAUAAAGAUCAAAAUAAUUCUGAGAGAAAAUACAACAGUAAUGACUCUCGAUAUGGGUUUUUCUCGAUAAAGGUUAAAACUAGCAUUUAGCCUAAAACUCUCAUAGGCUACUUGGAUUAAUGACCAGCCUGAUGCUAAUUCGAAUCAUUUUUGCAAAUAUAAAAUGAACUUUGUUUAUCAAAACAAGUCAAUAUUUACAAUAUUUCAAUUAUUUAGGACUCAAUGCUCGAAAUGCAGAACAGUUAGAGGAACAUGGAGGAUUCACUUUUGCUUCUGUCGGACUGUGUAAACACACGGCUAUCAUUCAAAUCCAUGUUUCCGAAUCAGGUGCGUGUAAAUGUAUCGACAACUUCAUCACAUGCAAUGAAUGUCACUUUGCAAUUACGCCGCAAAAAAUGCAACAAAACCCUCACUCGUCUUCCCGCCAUAACCCAAAGAUGAAUGUACGUGGUAGUUGAAGUUAUGGCAUAACAAGAGGGAUUGUUUCUGGGCACUUUAUUAAUGUACAUACAGUAAACGUGACUGUGUUUAGAAUGCUAUUAUAAUCUAGGGCGAAAAGCCAUGCAGGGAUUUUGCGCAAGAUAUUUGAAUAUACUGCUGAAUGCCUGUUGUGGUGUUACUGGGAUAUGAAAUAUAUGGUAACAUAUGAACAGGAAUAGAUAGUUUGAAUGUGUGCACAUAUUUAGAAGUCUUCCAAAACACUUGACUCUCGUUUAGAAAUCAGGGGCUUCUGCAAUCUCAACAGUUUGGAAAGCUAUUGACAGAGCAGCAUGACAUCUUUUAUUUGUGGGAAUGACGUUUGUUAAUCUGAAUCACUACAUUAAUUGAAUUGUUUCUACCAUAAAAUAAAAUAAAUGUUUGUCCAUCAGUUAAACAGAGUUAAAUUUGAGUUUCAAUGAAAAACAAAACAGGUUUGAAGCAAUAUUUAGGUAAAUCAUGACAUCAUUUUAUUUUCAGGUGAACUGUUCCUUUAAAUGGUGUUCAUGAAUAAGAGAAAAGGUUUAAUGCUGCUCUGUAUGUCAGGUGCACUUUUACAGAUGUAUUGUAGGUCAUGUGGCUCGUGUUCAGUGUCCUGUCUGUUGAUGAGAAUCCAGCUGUUGUCAUAUUUUAGCUUGAUCCGAACGUCUGGAGGCAGUGUUGGUGUCUCCAUCACUUGCUCUUUCAGACACAAACACACAACGGCUAGUCAAUUAUUAGGAGAUCUCACUUAGCCUUUUGAAUUCAUUUAUGGUUGAAUUUUUUAAUAAUUUUGUGCUACUUGCAGCUUUGUUGCCUUUUGUGAUUCGCAGUUUGUUUUUAAACUGACGCAUGAAAAGAUUACGUAGGGCGGCAAUACUGUAAAAACAAAAGAAAGACAAAAGUAACAAAAUAAGAAAUAGUCCAUGUUGGCUUAAAAUAGUGGACUGUUGUAUGGACAGAAAGCAAUGUGAACUGAUCUUCAUCAGAUUUCUUUAGGAUUAUUAUUAUAAUAUUGCCUUUUCUUGUUCUGAAGUUUGAACUAUUUUGCUAUUCCAUUUUUUUUUGCUUUUAUACAGAUUUUCAACUUUGCUUUAGGAUAUUUAUUGAUUUGGUGUGUACCUGUUUAGCUGUUUAGCCAUCUAGAUGUGUGUUUUCUUGAUAUGAGAGGUUACUGUAUGUCUACAGGAAUGGCUGGAAUUCAAUUGCUGGGAAAUCUGGGAUCGGUUAAUAAAGUCUUCGCAUUAAAAGUAGGCUGCAUAUAAGCAGUGAUGCAGUGCAUUACACACAUUCGCAUGUCUCCAAUGUGUUUCUCUGUGGAUCUUUGCACUUGAAGGGACAUCGCAGGGACAUUUAAAGAGACAAGCAGGGGCGGACUUAGUCAUUUGGGGGCCCUAAGCGAUUUCAGGCAUGGGGCCCCCAACAGUCGUAAUAUGCACCCUUUUAAAACCCUUAUUUUGCCAUCUCGUUCUCAAAACGUUUUCUCUACAUUUUUAAAUAAACUGUAUGUCACUUACUAUCUGUAAAUAAUUUGUCUCAAGGUUAAAUAAAAAAAUCACAAAUAAAAAACUAAAUUCCCAAACAAGCUAUUUACAACAUUUGAUAUUAUUAAUGUGGUCUUGAGACCUUUCAUGCAUUUUUAGAAGACAAAUCUCUACAGUUAUUAUACCCAUCUCCACUGUACAGAUUGAUCCAGUCACCAAAGAAUCGACAACAAACGCAAACUACACUAUGAUUUUUUACACUGUAAACUGUGACAACAGCACAUUGUCAUUUUCCGGGGCCGGGAGAAAGCACACCUGUGUGUCUGGGGGGAUAGAGGCUACUGGAGCUGCUGUGGGAGCAGCACUGACUUUGUUAGCUCUGAGUGACGUUUGUGUGAAAAAACAAGAGACUUUUGGAAGUUUUGCCACAUUCAUUUUUCUCUCUUCUUUUUUGACUCCGCUGGGGUACAUGGGUUUCAUUAUAUACUUAAUCUCCCGCUGGCAAAUUUCCUCUUGCACUUCUAAGUUCUAACCGUCUCUGUCUCCCCUCCCGUCUGCCGUUAAGUUCUCAUACUCUGGCCACUGAGCUGUUGACGUAGGUGAAUAACUAAUAGAUUGUUUCAAAGCAGAGGGAGGCAAAUUCACGCAGAUGUUGUGAUAGUGUUACAUUUUAAUGAUUGUAUCUAUCUUGUAAUCUAUGUAUUGUAUCUUCCUGACCAUACAAAAUAUGAUAGAAAACUAAUAUGUUAUACAUGCUGUAUAUAAACUUCUGGGUAUUUGUUGAAGGCCCCAUGGUUUCCUGGGGCCCUAAGCGGCCGCUUACCUCGCUUAUUGGUUAAAUCUUUCCCUGUGCUCAAGCCCAAAUCGCUGUCUCACUUAUCACAAUGCAUGCAACAUUUACAGCUAGAAUAAAUAUCUGCAUUUCGAUCUUGGUUAAAGAAAGUAUCUAUAUACAGUAUAUAAGACUUGGAAUACUUCAAAUGUGCUUUAUAUGCACCUGUCUUUUCUCUGUAUUUUGCAGUGAGAAUUUGCUCUUCUUAAAAAAAGACAUUUUCCAAUGUCACAAAUCCUCUUGCACUCUUUUAAGAUUCUUGUACUAUAUUUAUUGGAGAGUUUGCCGAUCUGAAAAUUUGAUCCUAUUCAGGCACAGAAUUUUAUUUUUUAAACGUUGGCUAAGAAAAUAUUGACUCUAAACUAGAUUUCACUGCCUGGGUGACUGACUCAUUCUCACUGCCAAGCCAAGAGACGAUCAACACAUUCCAAGACACCCUGUCUCCCUCUGGUGGAUUUUAACACUUACGACCAUUUAAAAAAGUAUUCCAGUCACACUUGCUGUGUUUAGAAUUAGAAAACUGCAUACAGUACACACUGAACGACGGAUACGAUUUUGAAAAUUGUAAUAUGAAAUAAAAUCCAUAAAAAGAUCAAAUACAAAGCUAGCCGUCAAUACUAGUCAACAACAGUGGCAAAUUCAAGGUGAGAACAAUUGUGUUGUAUUCUACACAGUGUUUUGCUGUAUAUUAUACAUUAUAACAAAUAAAGUAAGUCCUCCUGAAAUUCAAAGCUUAGCAUACAGCAAAAACAGUUCUAGUAGUAUGAUAAUGCUGUUCUGAAAUUUACACAAAAGAAGUUUAAACGUUAAUAUAUUUUAAGUGUACAAUAAGUAUUCUUUGUACACUUAAUAGACUAGACACAUUUAAAAGUAAUAAAAGAUUAGUAAAAUCGAGACAGCCUACAUUUUUUCAAAGCUUCUCUGUACCCUGCUGUAUAUCACCCAUCAGUGCAGAAAGUUCCCUUUAUUUUAAUUCACUUCCAGUCUGUUUUUGAGAAAGGAUCAUAGAAACGUUUGAAUAAUGAGCGACCUGCUAGAUUUUCAUCACCGCCUCCGACCUUGCACUUUAAAGGCUUACAAGCACAGACAUCACGUACUCAGAAAGCAAAAGGAACAAAAGAACAUUUGUGUACAGCUGUUUGUCUUUAAAUUUCCCUUUGUACCAACAUCUGUCAUAUUCUCUUCUCAUAACCAUGCACCUCAGUAGAUUUCUCUGGAUUGUAUAGAAUAAACUAAUAAACAACAUAUAAAAUAAAGGUUUGCAUAAAAAUAU